UUUGGAGGCCCCAGUCCACCUAAAAAUGGCGUCGACAACAAUGUGUACAGACAUUCAACGUGAAAUAUUUUCCAAAGUAGAAAAAAACGAAGCAACAGAGCUAAAAUCUCUCCUAGCAUCCAAUAAAUUAAAAAUCGACUUUGUGGAUGAGAAUGGCAUGAGUCCACUGCAACACGCCUGCUACAAAGGAAACAAGGAAAUAACUCAGAUGUUAUUGGAUCAGGGAGCGGAUGUGAAUGGCUGUCAACAGGACAACGGCUACACAGCCCUCCACUUGGCCGCCCUGAGUGGCAAUGCUGAUCUGUGCCAUCUUCUGCUGAGCUGUGGUGCCAAAAUCAAUGCAACUAACUCAGUGGCACGUACAGCAGCGCAAAUGGCAGCAUUCGUUGGCAAUCACAAUUGCGUUGCAACAAUCAAUAAUUACAUACCAAAGGCUGACAUCGAUUACUACGUUAAACCACAGGGAUUACAGACUGAGCCGAUGCUACCACCCCAUCUCUCUGAUUCUUUUCAUAAAUUCAUUAUGCAGGUCAAUGUGCAUCCGGUCAGGGUGGCCAUUACAUUGCAAAAAUGUACGGGAUUGUUAGAUCAUCUGGCAAAGGUUCAAAAAGUCCUAGAAUCACUCCGCCAACGUGAGAUGACACGCGGCGCUGAGACAAACGAAAUAAUGGCAUUUAAAUACCACUACCUAAGUUGCAUAAUAAACGAGAUUCAAAAAUUGAAAAAACGUCAAGAAGCGCGAAAAGAAAAAGUGGAAAAAGAAAAAUCUCCAGAGGCGACGGACAAGACCUCGACGAAGUGUCAAACAGAUCUCGUUGAGCUAUUCAUAAAACAAUUACUCAAGUGCAAUAAGUACCAAGAGGCUCUUCUCCGAGAGAUAGUCCGGGAAUUCCCCUUUAGGGAGAGCACCAUCUUCCGACAGAUGAUAGCGACUCUAGCUGGUACCGAUCCACCGUCAGCCGUUUCCGUUGUUUCGGCGGCUAUCAAUGGCCAACGGGGUUUCGUAGAUCUGUCACAGAUAUGUAUCACCUGCGGUGAAGAAAAAGCCACGAAAAAGUGUAGCAAAUGCCGGGCUGUUCAGUACUGCGACAGAGAGUGUCAGCGCUAUCACUGGUUUCUCCAUAAAAAAGAAUGCGCCAGAGAAGACACCAAUACGACGAGUGAUAAGGGAGGCAAAAUUACCGAUGCUGAUAAGGCACAACUCGCCACCGCCAUCCAAGCGGAAAUCCAUAAUUUGAAUAUCAAAUAAUUGUUUUUUAAUAAAUUUACGUUUUUUUUGUUUAUGUUUUUUUAUUUGUUUUUUGGCGGGACGAGGAGGGGAGGGAGAAGCCGGAAAAAUUCCGGUUUAUCGAAAAAAAAAAGAAAUGACCCUCUUUUCCGAAUGUAAUUCGACGAAUUAUCAUGGAAAAAUAAAAUUGGAGGAGAAAGGAACUUUUCGGGACUAGGGCGCAAAGUGAAAUUUUUUCGACGUGUUUUUUUUUUAUUUGUGUUCAUGUCGAAUCGUGCGGAAAGUAAUUUUUUUGAGACUCAUGUUGAAAAUGAUUUUUGCGCGUUUAUCGAGUGUUUAGUCUGUGAAUCGAUCAGUGAUUGUGUCAAUGUUUUGUAUUAUACUGAGUAGAUGAAUAAUUUUUUGUUAAUGCUGUCAACAUAUAGAUAAAAAUAAAAGAACAUGACAAAAACAA